AAAUUGGCUUAUAAGAUGAGUAAGGAAUGGAAUGCAGGAACCUUCAGCUGCUGCCACGAUGUUUCAAACUGUUGUAUGGGAACCUUCUGUACUCCGUGUCAGGUUUACUCUAAUGCUGAGAAGCUGGAGGAAAGUGGAUUCCUCUGCUGUCUUCUCAGCUGUAUGCUUCCCUGCGUACCUAUCUUUAUGUUGAGAAGUAAGACUAGGGAGAAGCAUAAUAUUGAGGUAGAUUUUAGAAUUAAUCAAAAUAUCAAACUUAAAUUAUUUGAGGAUUAUAUUUAA